AUGUCUCUCCCACCGUGGCGCUCAAACGCCUCAGGGCCAUCUCACCCCAGCACAGGAUAUGGGGCCCCCAGCGCGGAGGCCUCUGGCUCAUGGUCGCAGCCGCAGCAGCAGCAGCAUUUGAUGCUGCAGCAGCAGCAGCAGAUUGCACUGCAGCAGCAGCAGCUCCACAUGCAGCAGCAACCGCGCAUGAAUCAGCAGCGUGCGCAGCAUGAUGAUCUGCAGCAGCAGCAGCAGCAGCAGCAGCAAGACUGGCGCAGCUGGCAGGGCAGCAGCCCAUCGAUAGCUUCAGCCCCAUGGCACCAGCAGCAGCAGCAGCAACCGCAGCAGCAGCAGCAGAAACCGCCACCGCAGCAGCAGCAGCAGCAGCAUCUACGUGAUGCUGCUCCUUGGAAGCAGCAGCAUCAGCAGCAAGCAGCAACGGGUGCUCCCUGGCAGCAGCAGCAGCAGCAGCAUCCGCAGCAGCAGCAGCACCAGCAGCAGCAGCAUCAGCAGCAGCAGGGGUUUGACUCUUACGGCUACCGCGAUUACAGUGAUCGGCAGCAGCACCCGUCGCAGCACUUUCAGCAGCAGCCGCAUCACCUGCAGCAGCAGCAGCAGCAGCAGCAGCAGCAGCAGCAUUCUUACGGCUACCGGGAUUACAGUGAUCGGCAGCAGCACCCAUCGCAGCACUUUCAGCAGCAGCCGCAUCACCUGCAGCAGCAGCAGCAGCAGCAGCAGCAGCAGCAGCAGCAGCAGCUGUAUGACAUGCAAGAACAAGAAGAGAGAAAGCGGGGCAGAGCUGAGGCCCCCUGGGACCGCCGCAGCCGCAAACCGUACAGAGACGAAGCUCACGCGUAUGCAGCUGAGUAUGGAGCGCAGCAGCAGCAGCAGCAGCAGCAGCAGCAGCAGCAGCUGCAGCAGCAGCAAUACGAGCAGCAUCGGCAGCACCCAGGGCUGCAGCAGCAGCAGCAGCAGGAGCUGCUCAUGCAGCAGACCAAUGGACCUGCUGCCUACAGAGACGAACCUCACUCGUAUGCAGCUGAGUAUGGAGCGCAGCAGCAGCAGCAGCAGCAGCAGCAGCAGCAGCAGCCGCUGCAGCAGCAGCAAUAUGAGCAGCAUCGUCAGCACCCAGGGCUGCAGCAGCAGCAGCAGCAGGAGCUGCUCAUGCAGCAGACCAAUGGACCUGCUGCACCCUGGCAUCGGCGGGGGGGAGAUGACUAUCAGGGGGGCCCCCACAGCAGCAGCAGCAUGUAUGAAUACGGUGCUGCUGCUGCUGCUGCUGCUGGUGGUUCUGGUGCUGCUGCUGCUGGUGGCAACAGUGCUGCUGCUGCUCCUUAUGGGGGGCCUGCAGAUAGGUACGGCAUGCUGCAGCAGCCGCCGCAGCAGCGGCAGCAGCAGCAGCCACGGCAGCAGCAGCAGCAGCCGCAGCAGCGCAGCUGGGAGGAUCGGCAGCAGCAGCAGGAGAGGGGCCCCUGGCGGGGCCCAGGGAGACAGAGAGACAGAGACAGAGAUAGAGACAGAGACAGAGACAGAGACAGAAGUAUAGGGUCGAGGGACAGUGUAGGGUUUGCUGCUAGGGGGCCCCCGCUGCAGCAGCCUGACGGCCGCAGGCGGCAGCAGCAGCAGCAGCAGCAGCAGCAGCAGGACCGCAGCAGCUGGGGGGAUGAUCCUAGAGCUAAUGAAGGGUACUACUGCAACAGCAGCAGCAGCAGCAGAAGCAGGAGAGACAGCAGCCGCAGAGACAGAGACAGAGACAGAGACAGAGACAGGCCGUCAGGGGACGGACCAGCAGCAGCAGCAGCAGCAGCAGCAGAUAUGCCGAGGCAGUGGCGCGAGCGGUGGAGGGGCAGCAGCAGAGACAGAGACAGAGACAGAGACAGAGACAGAGACAGAGAGAGGGCCCCCAGCUACAACGAUGACUCAUACUCUUACACAGCUGAGGGUCGGGGGGGCCCCCUCAGCAGCAGCAGCAGCAGCAGCAGCAGCAGGCCGCGCCAGUACCGGGGCAGGGGGGGAGAAGCAGCAGCAGCAGCAGCAGCAGCACAGGAACGCUACAGAAGCGGCAGCAACGAGAGACAGCUGUCUCCUCACUACGGGGGGUUCAGACCCAGGCGGCCCUCGCAUGAGCAGCAGCAGCAGCAGCAGCAGCAGCAGCAGCAGCAGCAGCAUGGCCCGCCUUUCAGCCGCGGGGGGCACCCGCACCGUCGGGGGGGCAGCAGCAGCAGCAGCAGCAGCAGCAGCAGGUGUAUGCAGCUGGUUCAUACGGCCACGGCGAUAGAGACAGAGCUGCUGCUAGGGGCUCUCAUGGGGGCCCCCGGGGGCAGUGGGAGUGGAGGGGGGGCCCCCCCCCCUCUGAGCAGGGGGGCCCCCCGCUGCACUACAGCGGGCAGCGGAGAGAGGGGCAGAAGGUACGGAGGCAGCAGCGCCCCUGGUGCUGCUGCUGGUGCUGCUGCUGCUGCUGCAGCAGAUAUGCGUACAGACAGCAGGAGGAGGCCCCCUGGGGGGGGCCCCCGCGAUGGGG